CGACUCCUGAACCAAAUUGAUCAAUGAUGCAAAAAGCGCGUAAACCUCACACGAAAUCGCGAUAUGGCUGCGACCAUUGCCGCCGGAGACGUGUCAAGUGCGACGAGCAGGGGCCUCCAUGCACCAAUUGCAUUGUGCGUCGACUCAGCGACUGCACGUACUCGCGAGUCGUCCCGGCGUCUCUCAUCGCCAAUUCCCGUCGCUCGAGUGCUGGGCAGAGUGGUGGACACUCUCAAUCCUUGAAUGGGGCCGGAGUUGCAGUGUCCAGCGCAUCACCAACCCCGCGGCCUAACCGCCGGGCAGUCGAUGACCUAGAGCUAAUGCACCAAUUUACAGCGGAGACAUACCAAAGUCUUUGCGUGAGUGAAUCAGAAAGACACAUAUGGCAGGUUGUGGUGCCUCGUCUAGCCCUGAAACAUCGUUACCUGAUGCAUGGGAUUCUGGCCCUCGCAUCGCUGCAUAUCGCUACGACGCGAGACCCAUCGGACGACGCAUUGCCUUACAUCGAUGCUGGACUGGAGUAUCAUAGUAUGAGUCUAGAGCCGUUCCGGAUUGCGAUUGGGAAUCUCACGCCAGAGAAUUGCAAUGCAGCACUCGCGCAGUCUGUUGUCACCACAGCCAUCAGCCUGGCCCUGCCCCAGUUAACGGCGGUUCGCGACAACGCGAUGAGCAUGACGGAGAAUAUAAUUACAGUAUUUGAACUCCUUCAGGGGGUGAAGAAGAUUCUGACGAUUGGUCAACGGGAAUCAUGGGUGAAUCUUGAAUUGUUCACACGGGGCGAGUUCUGGCAGAAAGAUCGUCUGGCUGCAUUGGAUGGCGAUACCAGUGCGGCGCUGGAUCAGCUAAUCGCCUUAAAUGGAAAUCAGGGGCUGGAAGUCCACGGGGAUGUCCUGAAUCAUCUCCGGCACUGCUUUAUGAAGUUCUCGUGUUCUCCAGGGCCUGCACCUGUCCUUGCUUGGCUGGCUGCUGUGGAUAAGGGGUUUGUGGAGAAUCUACGACAAGGACAGCCGUUUUUCAUGCUGGUCCUUGCAUACUGGGGUAUUCUUUUGGGCGAACUUGAUGGAAAGCGGUGGUGGGCAAGGAACUCUGGGCGUGCUUUGGUGUCAGAGUUGGUAUCUGGCCUGGAUACACAAGAUGCCUGGGAGGGAUGUUUAGGCUGGGUGAAGCGGAAAUUGAUUCACAGUCCUGGACUGCCUGUAUGUGAAGGUAGGCCAACUACAGCUGUACAUAUAUAAACGAUUUCAUAUCUCG